AUGAUCUUGGUUGGGUUCAAGGCUGGCAGAGUCGAUGUCUUUCACGUUCCUGCUGGGUUCAACGGGUCAGAAAACCUCAUUGCCACUAAUACCAACGGGGGAGUCGAGGAGUCUACGCGUUCAGAGUUGAAAUUGGGUGACUUGGUCGUGGUUGAAGCUGAUCGUGGGAAGGACCUAGGAAAGCUUGUUCGGUUGAAUGUUACAAUCGACGAGGCGCGUGUAUUGAAAUUGCGCCAGAAUCAAGAACAACAAGCGGCGUUGGCAGUGGAAAACGAGGGAGUAUCCCCUGAGGCCCACCAACAACCUUCAGCUCCACCAGUCUUGCACUACCCCAAGCCAAUUAUCAGGUUUGCGCAGCGUCCGGAAAUCCUUCAACUAUUAAGCAAACAGGCAGAUGAAAUCAAGGCCAAGCGGAUUUGCCAGUUGAAAGUUCACCAACAUAACUUGUCCAUGUCGAUUAUUGAUGCCGAGUACCAGUGGGAUCGUCGCAAGUUGACGUUCUAUUACCAGGCGAUCCAUCGCAUUGACUUUAGAGACUUGGUGAGAGAGUUGUUUAGAAUUUACAAGACCCGGAUUUGGAUGUGCGCAGUC